AUGGCCCGCGGCUCAGCUUCAAAAGCCAAGGUCUUCACCGCGUCCUCGCAGGCCGGCUCCGGCAAGAAGCGCCGUUCCGGUGGCGGCGGCGCCAAGAAGGGCGGCGACAACCCCGACCCGUCCGAGGCCUACACCUUCAUCCCAGCUCUGCCAAAGCGUCACCGGACCAGCGAGCACCAGCUGUCGCUCUCCCGCGAGGAGAGGGACGAGGGACCCAGACGUCCCAAGCAGGCCGACUCGGAUGACGAGGCCAUGGAGGCGCGCAUCCGCAAAGUCGCCAUGAUGAUUGCUGGCGACGACGGCGGCGAAGUGGAGGACGACGACGACGAGGACGUCGACUCGGAUAUUGCAUGGGAGUCGGAUGGCAGUGACGAGGAGCGCUGGGGAGAGGUCUUUCGUGAUCUCAAGAAGGGCAAGGGUACCAAGGGCAGGGAGGUUGUCAAGAAGCCGUCCAAGCCCAUUACCGUCAAUCUUGACGAGACCGACGACGAGGAGAGCGACCCCGAGGUUGAGCGCAGCCCCAAGACUGCGUUCAAGUCGGCCUUCCCCGAGGAGGAGGAAGAAGACGAUGAUGAGGACGAGGACGAGGAAGACGACGAGGACGACGAGAUGGACGACGACGAUGAGGACUCUGAGGCGUUUGACGAGGACCCCGAGCUCCCGUCUGACCUCUCCGACGAGGACGACUCUGAUGACGAGAUGGACGGUUUGGACGCCUUUGCCGACUCGCUUGCGACCGCCGAUCAGAAGAAGCGCAAGGCCGACUCGAACGACGACGAGGACAAGGGCAAGAAGCGACGAGUGCUGCCCGUCAUGUCUGCCCCCGGUCUCGGUGACGGUGGCGACCUGGCAUUGAAGAGCAAGACCAAGGUCGACCUUGCCUCUCUUAUUGCCUCGGCACCUACCCUCGCCGGUGCCUCGUCUCUUCUCCCUACCAAGACGGAGAAGAAGUCGACUUCCGUGCUCAAGGGCGGUGUCCUCGCUGCCCCUCUCCCGACCGUUGUCCAGGAGCGUCUGGAGCGUGAGGCCGCGUACGAGAAGACCAAGGAGGAGGGUCAAAAGUGGUCUGGUGUCAUGAAGCGCGUCAAGGAGGCUGAGCACCUGAGCUUCCCUCUGCAGGCCUCGGAGCGCGGUGGUGUCAAGGGUGCCGGCGAGGUUCUCGCCACCUUCAAGCCAGGAAACGAGCACGAGUCGGCCGUCCAGGCCCUCCUCUCCAAGGCCAACCUGACCGACGCCGGCGUCACUGCCGCCGAGGACAAGGCUCUGCAGGGCCAGGACCUUUCCAUCGAGGAGAUUGCCGCACGCCGUGCCGAGCUCCGUCACCAGCGUGAGCUCAUGUUCCGUGCCGAGUCGCGUGCCAAGCGUGUCUCCAAGAUCAAGAGCAAGACGUUCCGCAAGCUGGCGCGUAAGCGCGAGGCCCGUGCUCUCGACAAGAACGGCGAGCCGGAGAUCAGCCUCGAGGACCUGGAACGCCUCGACCCCGAGGCCGCUGCUGAGGAGCGCGAGCGUCUGGAGCGUGACCGUGUGCGCGAGCGCGCCACCCUCCGUCACGGUGCUCGUACCGGCCGCUGGGCGGCUAACAUUGGUGCCGACGCCGACGACGACGCACGCAUGGCCAAGCUCGAGAUGCUUGAGAUGAAGGAGCGUCUGCAGCGCAAGAUUCAUGCCGCCGGCAGCGACAACGACAGCGAGGCUAGCGAGGAGAGCGGAUCGGAUGACGACGAGGACGCAAUCAAGACGCGCGCGUUCAACCAGCUCGCGGCUCUUGACGCCAAGACCGCCGAGCUUCCUGCUGGCGGCAAGGGUCUCGCCAACAUGGCCUUCAUGCGCAAGGCGGCCGAGCGUGACCUUAAGAAGGUCAAGGAGGCCGAGGCAGCUCUUCGCGACGAGCUCAACGAGUUUGAUGGCAGUGGAGACGAGUCGGGCGACGAGGUCCACGUGAUGAAGGUUGGCGAGGGUCGUAUGGUCUUCUCCGGUCCUACUCCCGGACCUGGUGCCGCUCCCGGCCCCGCUUCCACCACCUUUGGCGCCCAGGCCAAGGCCCAGUCUCCUACCCGCUCCCCUUCCCCCGCUCCUGCCCCUCAGCUCUUUGGCGCCAACCCGUGGCUUGACGAGUCAGCCUCUUCGGGCCCUUCGCGGAAACGCAACCUCGUCUCGACCUCGGCCGAGUCCAAGGCCGUCCGCGCGAUCAAGAAGGCCGGCAAGGACAAGGCCGCCGCUGCCGACGACGAGGUUGUCGAGAUCAGCCUCGACGUGUCUGCCAAGAAGGCACCCACCAAGGCCAACGGUGCGCCUGUCAAGUCGAUUCUCAAGAAGAAGACUGCCACUCCCGCCGCCAAGGCCGCCGCGCACGACAGCGACAGCGACGGCAAUGUCGACGAGGACCUGCUCCCCGUCUCGGGCGUCAAGGCAUUCACGCAGCGCGAGCUUGUUGCCGAGGCGUUCGCUGGAGACAAUGUGGUUGAGGACUUUGACGCCGAGAAGCGCCGUGCCAUCGAGGCCGACGCCCCGACCGUCGAGGACACGACCCUUAUUGGCUGGGGAUCGUGGGGUGGCAAGGGUGUCAAGAAGAACAAGCGCAAGCCCAACCCCAAGUACCUCAAGACUGCGCCCGGUAUCGCUCCCGAGGAGCGCAAGGACGCCGGCCGCGCCAACGUCAUCAUCACAGAAAAGAAGGACCGCAAGGCAGCAGCGUUCUUGCCCAAGGACUUGCCGUACCCGUACACUUCGGUGGCGCAGUACGAGGCCAGCUUUGCCAACCCCAUUGGAUCCGAGUUCAACUCGCGUGCCGGAUUCCAGCGCGAGACUCUGCCGCGCGUCACAAAGAAGCCCGGAGCCAUCAUCGAGCCUAUCCGCAAGCUCUUCUAA